AUGGACGGAGACAAUAAAGAGAUGAGGGCUAUGUACUUCAACCAGGCAGUUACUGAUGAAUAUUUUCGCUCUCUUCCACCUGGUUAUCGUUUCAACCCUACUGAUCAAGAGCUGAUCAUAUAUUACUUAAAUCGAAAGAUAUUGAAUCAGCCGCUGCCCCUGAACAGGAUUCAUGACUUGAAUAUUUACCAAUAUCAACCCCAACAGCUUUCCGAUAUGUACGAAAAAAUUAGAGAAGAUGGCUGGUAUUUUUUUAGUACAAGGGACCGAAAGUACCAGAAUGGUACUCGGCCAAAUCGUGCAGCUCAUGGUGGAUGUGGAUGUUGGAAGGCAACCGGAAGUGGUGUAAAUAUCACUGAUGAAAGUGGUAAAAAAAUUGGACACAAAAGAGUACUAGAAUAUAAGAAAGGGAGACAUCCAAACUACAUAAAAACAGAAUGGAAAAUGCAUGAGUAUACAAUCAAUAAGGAUGAGAAGGAAGCCAUCCCUCUUCCAAAGAAGAAGAAAAAAGGUGAAGGUAAUAUGAAGUUGGAUGUUGUUCUAUGCAAAAUAUAUUUGAAUACAAGAGGCAAUGGUGAUACAAAUAGCGACGGUGCAAUAACCCCUACAGAAAAUUCUGAUCAAGGAAUUAUGAUUACAGAUGCUGGUACAUCUCAUGUCAGAGAAAUAUCAGUACUUCAGCAAAAAGCUGUUCUAGUUCAACCUCUUGAUUCAUCAACGAUAUACAGUCAGCAACCACAAGUCCAUAGUAAUACCACUGGAGGAUUCAACUGUUUGAAUCACAUAUCCGGUUCUUCCGCAAUACCUGAAAAUUGUUUUUAUUCAUCAACUUCUAUGAGCAACGAAGUUUAUGAAUCUACAAAUUGUACCCCUUAUGAUGGCGGGUCUAUGGCAAAUAGAGCUUCCGGCUCCGUGUAUCAGUGGGGAUCCAGCUUCACUCAAUUCCAUCAUCAAAAUUCCAAGUACAACAUGUACUCGGAGCAGAUGCCUUCAUCUUCAUGUUCGCCAGAGAUUUGGACACAGUCGGAGCCUGAAAACCAUGAGAUACCUCCACUAGAUGAUUCAACUUAUGUGUCAUUACCUGCUCAUCAUCAUGUCACAGAAUAUGGGGCUAUUAUUGCCAAUAAUAAUGACGAAGCUGAGAUGAUGCCCGUUAAGCAUGUCAAUAAGGUCGACGAUGUUGAUGAUUAUGGACUACAGUUUCUUAGCUUUCCAGAUGAAGUUCAAGAAGAUAAUCCCAAAACAGACUAA